CAUCACUUUUAAAACUCUGAUAUUUUUUUCAGUGAGACGAUUUUUAAGCUUUUUCGAGCUGAGGGGAAGGAGGUGGAUUAAAAGAGUUCGUUAUAAAAUGGCUGUUGUUUAUAAACGUGAUGGUAGAGAUGGUCUCAUUCCAUUCCAUGUCCUCAUUCUCGAGCUUUUGUAAUGUUUUUGAGUUUGUUUGGGAGUCUUAUUACUUAAAAACUAAUUUUCCAAUUUGCAAAGACAAUUAUUUGUAUUGCUUCUCAAACUUUCCCUGAGUUAUUUGACAGUUUUCGCAGCGUUGUCUGAGGAACUAACGUGACUUCCGCCACGACUCGGCUCCCAGCCGCUCUGACAACACGUAGUCAGGUUCAGAGUUUGAGAGGAAGUUAAAGCAAAGCCACACCCCGGUCGGUGCGUCACCCAAUCAGAAGCCUGCACUGAAUCCGUCCCACCAAUGAGAGAAGUUCGAGGCGGAGUCACGAGCGCUGUUGCUAGGGCUAAAGCUUCUACUUUGUUACUAUCACUGCCUGGCCAAUGAAAUGCCAGCUCGUGAGGUAUAAAAUUCUCUCACGCGAACUGCACCGGAUUGGGCGCGACGCGUCGCUUAUCCCUACCCUUCGCCUCAUGGUGCGCUGGGAUUGGACGGUUGAGCUGUCAAUCACGGUGAAGGUUCACUAUGUUCCGUUGAUGUGAAUUUGGCGACUCGCUUCACUACACAGAGCUGCCUGGCCAUAACGGGGCGUUACCAACUUUUUUGUUUUUCUUUUAUUUUUUUUCGUCUAUUUUUUUCCCCACACAGAAUCGGUUUCGAUUUUUGUACUUUGUAAAUAUUUUCUCCGAUUUUGUACCAGUUGAGUCGGGAUGGAGCUGAAUUCUCUGUUAAUCCUGCUCGAGGCUGCAGAGUAUCUGGAGAGAAGAGACAGAGAGGCUGAACACGGUUAUGCGUCAGUGUUACCCUACAGCUCCGACUUCAACAGGAAGAAAAAAACACAGCUGCUCUCACGCAGACCCAGCAACAGCAACAACAACAACAAUAACAACAGCAACAACAACAGAUCGUCGCACAAUGAACUGGAGAAACACAGACGUGCUAAGUUGCGUCUCUAUCUGGAGCAGCUGAAGCAGCUCGUGCCUUUAGGACCUGACAGUACGCGACACACAACACUGAGUCUGCUCAAACGGGCCAGGAUGCACAUCAAGAAGUUAGAAGAACAGGAUAAGAAGGCGGUGAAUGUGAAGGAGCAGCUGCAGAGGGAACAUCGCUACUUAAAGCGUCGCCUCGAACAGCUCUCACUGCAGCGUAUUCGCACUGACAGCAUGGGCUCUACCAUCUCUACUGACUCAGAGCAGGAGGUGGACAUUGAGGGGAUGGAGUUCACCCCCGGUGAUGGAGACAGCGUGGACGGAGUGAGUGACACCGAGGAUCACUACAGCCCAUGCAGCUUUUAGGCCACGCCCCUCUGUCCAACCUCCCUGCCCUCUCAAACAGGAAGUGGGCUGUUCUGUACUUCCUGUUCUUCCUGUACGUCCUGUUUCCUAUAUCCGGCUCUGAAGAACAACCUGUGGUCCGAUCAUUCCGGCUCUGACCCGUCUCUACACCAACCAAGUGAGCGAGUGUGUAUUUGAGACGCUGCCAUAUUAAACCAGGCUGGAUCCGUGAGGCGAACGAAGUAGCAUUUAGCACACUACACCUCAUGCACUUCUCACACUAAACAAACAAAACGUUUUUUCCCCCCAAAAUAAAUUAGCACUCGAAUAAGUUAGCAUCACUAAUAAUUAUUCAUCGCUGUGUAAAUUAGCAGUGUAACAGCUAGCAAAAAACAGCAACUUGAGGAUGGAUCAGUCAACAAGGGGCGGGACUUACAUUACAUUUCAUUGCAUCAGCCAAUGGCAAUCUUGAUCAUGUGACCUCACCAGUAACAUUUCUUUUACUUCUUUCUCUUGACUUAAUAGUUAGCUAAAAGCUAGCCUUCUAACCACUUAGCACAGCUAACGUUAACGUUACCUCUUCUAUAUUCAAUGAUUGGCUGAUCAAAUGUACCUUAAGCCCCGAACCCCACUGACUUAAGCCUGAGGCGUGUCACUCAAAAAAAAUAUGUAUAAGAAGUGUGUCCUAGCUCCCAGCCAAUCAGGAUCCAGCCUUUUUUCCCCUCUCAGUAGCAACGUGAUGUAGCAAUAACGACGCUGUGUGUGUGUGUGUGUGUGUGUAUAUGUAUAAUUCACUAACACAAUCGCGCACACACACUCGACGCAGCGUACACACACACUCCUCACACAGUGACGCGUCAGAGCCGGAUGCUAGCUUGUAGCAGAGCUUGAGAUUAGCAUGCAGCUACAACACAGUGAGCUAAUUUGCAGUAUUCAUUGUGGACACACACACACAGACACACACACACACACACACAAAGACCUAUCUUUAUCUUUAGCGUACGUCGUCCCAAAAUUUUAGCAAAAAUAUUUUACAGAAAAAUAAAUUUUUUAAAAAUCCCUUAAACACUGGUGUAGUGGGCGUGGCCUGUGCUGUGAUUUCAUACUCAUAUUUUAUACAGUUAUCUUGGCUACACUGCUUAGCUACUUUUAGCUGCUGGUGUUAUUCCAGCUAACUGACUGUAGAGGUGCAGUGUGUAUGACAUCAUCAGGAUGGCCACUCCCCCUCCACCUGCUAGGUGGAUUCAAACAAACAAAAAAGUGUAUAUUAAAUAGAAGUGUAUAAAAGUGUGUAGGUCACCGAGUGACUUUAGCUCUAUAUUUCUGUCAGAAUUUUUUUAUUAUAUUUUCCUAAAAUGCAAAAGACCAAAAAAAGAAAAUAUAAAUAAAAAUAUUAAAUGCAUACAUAUAUAAUUAUAUACAAGAGGCCGAUCUCUGCCAUCUUUCUGUGCCUUCGUCAUGUCCUAUUCCUCUCCCUGUACACUUCCACUUACUCCCUACUCUCUACUACCUACUCUGGUCUACUUUGAAGGGCACGGCCUGGGCCUGUCCCAAUCCAACAAGUAGACUGUUCUCUUUAAGGAGAGCCCACAUACCACUUCCUGCUGACAUCCCCUUGCUCCCUACCCCCUUACUGUCUCUCCUCAGGUCUGCUUUCUCAUGUACACACUCACUAACACCCCUCAACACAGACUUUGUAAAACAAGGUGUGGCUGGGUCGUGUCCUAAUCCAACAUGUAGGCUGAACUCUCAUCAUCCCUCCAGUGGUCAUGUCUCAUUGCUCUCCCUGCUGACUCCCCCUUACCCUCGAGCCCUACUCAGGUCUCCUUCCUGUACACACUCGGUCACUUCCUCAGAAGGAACUAAGUGAGGAUAUGCUGCUGGUGUGUGUCCUAAUUCGACAACAAACCUGUACGCUUCAGGGUGCCUCCUACAUCCUCGUCCCUUUCAUACUCACUCCUGUGGUUAUGGUCUUUACUCUUAGUGCAGAGGAAGACACUGGGAGAAGUUCGAUCAUGGCAGCUCGGGCUCUUCCGCCCUCUCUCACCUUCUCUUCGUGCACUUCCCGAUAGUAGUAGUAGUAGUAGUAGUAGUAGUAGUAGUGUUAAGUAGUGUUAAACUCCUGCCCAGGGGGAUUGUGGGUAAGGUAGUCCCUCUGAUGAGCAUAGUGAAGGUAGUAUGUGACAGACUGGUCUGAGAUCAGUGCGAACAGGCAGCUUUCAUCACGAGGAACACACACACACACACACACACACACACACACACACACACCCCUCUCUCAAGUAGAACCUAUUGGGAGUGUAGGCGGGGCUUCAGUGAUGUUAUAAGAGGUUGUUUCAAAUCUUAAAGGGACAGGAGCAGCUCCGAUGUAGCCAAUCAGCUGAGACCAGAGUAGUGUUUAUACUGAAGAAACGAGACAGAGAGUGAGAUGAGACAGAGAGUUAGACAAUGAGACAGAGAGUGAGACAGUUCUAAUACAUUCCUGUAGUCUCAGCACUUCCCGCUUUAUGUCACUGCACUUUUACUUUCAUCCCUUUUAAUGUUUUUAAUUUUUUUAUUAUUAUUUUAAUUCUAACGCAUCGUCUUUGUGCGGCUUGUCAGUGUGAUAACACCGGGGUCAGAGGUCAGGAGUGUUCUGUGCCAGAGACCUGUUAAUACAGGAUGUGUAACAUACAUUCAAAUUUAUUUUUGUUUGUUUACACACACAAACACACACACACACACACACACACACACACACACUGGUGCUUGUGUACUGAACAGUGUAAUAUACAGAAAUAAACCUGAUUUUAUACA